CUGCCAUGGGCUAAAUCAAAUGGAUUUUGUGUCUUUUUAUUACACCCACCAACAUUUAUCAGCAUGUCUCUGAAUCGGAUGACUACGACGGACACGGAGCAGUCUGCGGAGUACUCCGUGGAGUAUUCGGUGCGGAUCACCUCUGACUCGGUUCGUGACCCGGGUCGGAGCCGGGAUGUGGCCGUGCUGCGGUCCGGCCGCGCGCGCUGGCUGCCGCGCGCCGCGCGCCUGACUUUUACGCCGGACUCGCUGGAGAAACUUUACCAGAACUACUUCCGACGGCAGAGAGAGGAGAACCUGCUGGUGCUGCUGGUGUUCGCGGCCCUGUUCAACAGCUUCAUCAUCAUCAUGUGCGCGGUCGUGUACACCGACGACAAACUGGCCAUGCUGGUGGUGGCCGCGGUGGGGCUGGCCGCGGACGUGGCCCUGCACCUGCUGUGCCGGUUCCAAAAGCUCCCCGCGUCCCCGGUGGCGCGGGGAGCCGUGCCCUACGUGCUGUGGCUGAUGGUCACCGUCCACGUCCUCUGUUACAUGGGCCUGAAUUACCAGCGCUUCUCCGAGGCCAGCGACUCCGUGGGCUGGCAGGCUUUCUUCAGCUUCUCCAGUUUCCUGACCCUGCCGCUGGACCUGGUGCCCCUCGUCCUGCUCACGGCCCUGUCCUGUGGGGUACACACCUUGGUUUUGGGUGUCACACUGGCUCAAAGGUUUAAUGAUAAUCUGCAGGGGCCCAUGCUUGCGAGAAAGCUCCUGGCCAAUGUGAUGCUGUACUUUUGUGCAGCUAUAGUGGGUGUGAUGUCAUACUACAUGGCGGACAGGAAAUACAGGACAGCGUUUUUGGAAGCUCGUCAGUCGCUACAGGUCAAAUUGACUCUGGAAGAGCAGAGUACCCAGCAGGAGGAACUAUUACUGUCCAUCUUGCCCAAACACAUCGCUGAUGAAAUGCUGCAGGGCAUGAAGAACCAGGCCAAUGAGAACGACGUUCAGCAGCAGCAGCAGUUUAACACCAUGUACAUGUACCGCCAUGAAAACGUCAGCAUCCUCUUUGCUGACAUCGUGGGUUUCACCCAGUUAUCCUCAGCCUGUAGCGCCCAAGAGCUCGUAAAGCUGCUCAAUGAACUGUUUGCCAGCUUCGAUAAACUGGCCGCACAACAUCACCAGCUGAGGAUCAAGAUUCUUGGAGACUGUUACUAUUGCAUCUGUGGCCUCCCUGACUUCAGAGAGGAUCAUGCUGCUUGCUCCAUUAUGAUGGGCCUUGCGAUGGUAGAAGCUAUCUCAUAUGUACGGGAAAAGACCAAAACUGAGGUGGACAUGCGCGUCGGAGUUCAUACAGGCACCGUGCUGGGAGGAGUGCUCGGCCAGAAGCGCUGGCAGUUUGAUGUUUGGUCCACAGAUGUCACUGUGGCCAAUAAAAUGGAAUCUGGAGGAAUUCCAGGGAGAGUGCAUAUUUCCCAAAGCACCAAGGACAGCCUGCAUGGGGAAUAUGAACUGGAACCGGGAAAUGGCGGAGAGAGGUGUGAGUACCUGCUGGAGAAAGGCAUCGACACUUACUUGGUUUUGGUGCCCAAACCAGCAGGUAAUGGGCUAAACGGAAAUACACCAGCUACACUGACCAACAGAAAUUCUAAACAGUUGAUUCAAACAACAGCAACCAAUGGGAACAGUGUCUCACACCUGCCCACCCCAAAUAACUCUAAAAAGGAGAAGCAUAAAAGGGUUGAGGAACAAGCGAUCAACAGACGGCUGCAGCAGGAGCUGUUGGACAGAGAGUCUCAGCAAAUAAUGAAGGGUCAUAAAAUCAACCCCAUAUCCCUUCGUUUUGUGGACGGGAAGUUGGAGGAGCACUUCUCUUCAGAGAAGGAGAGGCGAAGCGGGGCGGCCUUCUGCUGCUGCAUCAUAGUGCUCUUUUUCAUCACAUUAAUGGAGGUUUUCAUAGACCCAUUAUUGGUUGUGAACUAUGUGACUCUCGCAGUAGGGCAGACGCUGUUGCUCAUCCUGACGUUUUGCUCCCUGGCUGCCAUCUUCCCAAGGAUGUUCUCUAAAAGGCUAGUCUCUUUCUCAAUGUGGAUUGAUCGCACCCGGUGGGCAAGAAACAUAUGGGCCAUGGCAGCCAUCUUUGUUUUAACCAUGGCUGUGAUCGCGGACAUGUUGAGUUGUGUCCCACCGUCCCUUCGCAUCUUCAACGGUACCUUCGGCCCCACGCUGGAGUCAUUUGGUGACCGAAGCUGUGCAGAGAAUCCAAAAUAUUACAGCUUUAUGGCUGUGAUGUCACUUAUCGCAACGGCAAUGCUGGUGCAGGUCAGUCAUCUCAUCAAGCUGGGCCUCAUGGUGCUGGUCGUCACAGCAACUGGAGCAGUCAACAUCUACAGCUGGAGGGAAAUAUAUGAUCUGUAUGACUUCAUACAGUUUGCCUCAUACAGAACAUCUAUGGUGCCAUCCAAAUACCUCAUGACUAUGAUGAUUAUCGUGAUGAUGAUUAGCUUUUACAUCUUUGCUCGCCAUUUGGAGCAACAGUCCAGGAAGCUGUUUCUGUGGAAGAUUGGUGUCCAUGACCAGAAGGAGAGAGUAUUUGAGAUGAGACGCUGGAACGAAGCAUUGGUCAUCAACAUGCUGCCAGAGCACGUGGCCAAACACUUCCUGGGCACUAAAAAGAGAGAUGAGGAGCUGUAUAGCCAGUCUUAUGAUGAAAUAGGUGUUAUGUUUGCUUCCAUCCCAAACUUUUCGGAUUUCUACACUGAAGAGAGCAUCAACAAUGGAGGGAUUGAAUGUCUCAGGAUCCUUAAUGAGAUCAUCUCAGAUUUUGACAGCUUGUUAGACAGAGACGACUUCCGAUGUAUCACGAAGAUCAAGACAAUAGGAAGCACCUACAUGGCUGCCUCAGGACUCACGCCAGAAAGUAACACUAAUGGAUACAGCAAGCCAGAGGACCAUUCAGUGGCUGAGCGCUGGCAGCACCUGGCUGAUCUGGCAGAGUUUGCCUUGGCCAUGAAAGUCACUCUCGACAACCUCAACAAACAGUCUUUCAACAACUUCAUGCUACGCAUCGGUAUGAAUAAAGGAGCAGUUCUUGCUGGAGUGAUCGGAGCUCGUAAACCUCACUAUGACAUCUGGGGCAACACAGUCAACGUAGCCAGCAGAAUGGAAUCGACUGGAGUGAUGGGAAACAUACAGGUGGUGGAGGAUUGCUACGACAUCCUGAAGGAGUAUGGCUUCCGCUUCAUUCGAAGAGGGCCAAUUUUUGUCAAAGGCAAAGGGGAGCUGCUAACCUUUUUCAUGAAAGGCAAAGACAAGCCAAAUUGCAAUGCAAAUCCUGUCCCCACAACUCUUCCGCAUCAAGUUGCUGCUGUCUCCUAA